AUGACACUGAGGUACGAGGCACCAGCUGGGCCUCGAACGGCCAACUCCUCGUCCCCGACUCGCCUCGGCAGCAGCAACUCGACGUCCGACAAGUCAUUUCCUUCGGCCGCCAACGGCAUCCGCCUCGUCUCUGCCAACAACGCCCCGAUGCUCGCCGCCGCCUCCGGUCAUCACCACUCGCUCGCUACUUUCGAAAGACAUGGCGAGAAUAGAGAAGCUGCCAAGCCCUCAGCCUCCUUUGACUUCCUGCCGUCCGUCAACUUCGACGACCUCCACACGAGCAUCGAGUCCGCCUCGACCGACUUGAAGUUGACCCCGUUUUCGUCGCCGACCCGGGGGGCCAGCAUCGCCGACCCGACACCAUCGGCCAACAUGAAUCUCGCGGAGCGACCUGCCGUCGCCCCUGCCGCGGCCCAGGGGCGUGCCGUCAAUCCGCCGCCGACGAGCUGGUCUGCCCGUGCCGCGUCCAUCGUCCGCCGACCUAGCGCCUCGAGCCGGCAACCGAGUUCCUCCUCCAACCUCUCGUCAGCUUCGGCAUCCCUCGAGGCGGCCAUGCCUGCCGUCGCCGCACGCGGCCGUCGACAGAGUCACUACCCGCCAGUCUCCAACGCGAACAUGAUGGCCAAGCCGCCGCGCAAAUCAGACACGGACCUCUCGACCCGGAACCAGCCGGCACACCGUCCCGGCUUGCUUGCCGAAAGAGGACAUCGUGGCAGUCAUUCUCGGAGGUCCAUCGACGGCGCCGCCAUGACCCCGCCGGACAUGUCGCGCCGUCUCGCCAACUCGCGGGCGACCAAGGCAAAAUCCGUCCAACCACCGAUGCGACUGAGCCAGGCAAACUUGCUGUCCAACCUCACGCCGGAGCACAAUCGCCUAUCGACGCUGGCUCAGGGCUCACCGCUCGUCGCCGGCAAGGGGUCGACGCCAUCGUCGGGCGGCAAGAGGGCGUCCCUGAUACCCGGCAACACGCCCCAUGGCUCCCACGCCACCGGUUUGGGCGCGAGGACCGUCAGCCCCACCGACACGCGAAGGAUGAAGCGACUCUCGACGGUGCCUCCGUCGCAGAGCCUCAACCUGCUCCCCGGUGUUCCUCCUCCGCCCCCCGUCGCGAGGAACGCUCGAGCAGAGUCCCGCUCCCCGUCGAUGAUACCUCGCAGGACGCCCGCCACCCCUUCCUCUGCACGAACCACGCCGGACGCGGCCAACAGGAAAUCUUACGGCUCGGUCCAGUCCGUCGGCUCGGCCACGAGCUCCAACCCCUUGCGAACCUCUGCCGGAUCCUUCCAGCCUCGCCUGCCGGUGUCGGCCUCGACCUCCCGCCUCCCGCCGCCGAAGCACACCGUCGUGCACAACCCUCUCCCCGCCGACGACGAGGAGUACGUCCCUCCCGUCCCCGCGAUACCCAAGGCAUUCGAGUCCCCCAAGGGGUCACCGGGAGAUCCUUACUUCGCCGACAAGAAGAAGCCGGGCCUCGGUGCCGUUGAUGUCCUCGGCUUUCACUCCAAUUCUGCCGGGAGCAUCAGCAUGCCCGUCCAUCCCGAGCCCACCAAGUCUCAGCAGAGGCACGGCGCCAGGAAAAGCUCCGUCCUGCCGUCGAAUGCGGACGAAAAGAAGGGCACCCGGCCGGGGAAGCAACUCCCGCCCCUUCGAUUGCCACCUCUCAACAUGGGGCCUCUUCAUCUCCCCCCCAAACCCCCCGCCGCGCUUUCGCAGGACGACACCGGCUCGGGCCCGAACCCGCGCUCUCCCCCGCCGCGGCGCCAGCCAAAAACACCGACGACGCCCAUGACGGCCUCGAAGUCGUCCUUCUUCGCCAAGGGCAAGUACGACGAGACGAUGGAGCUGCCGCCCCCUCGAAGCAGCACCUCCAUCCACCGCACCCAUCGGCUGACGCCCACGCCGCCCGACCUGUACUCGUCGGAUUCCUCCGCCAACCUGUCCGAGGCGAACCAGAAGCCCACCAUGUCGCCGUUUCUGUCGUCCUCCUUGCCCAAGGGGGGCUUCGAACAUGCUCUCCUGAAGAGGUCCAAGACUGGUGCCGACUAUGUCACCCUCACCGGCCACGUCUUCGAGGAUAGGGCACAGACGAAACCUGCCGGACCCAGGGAGCCGACGGCGGACAGGCUGGCUGCCUCGCCGCCGCCGCCAGGUUCGGCCCCCGGCGAGCCCGAGGCUCCGCCGUCGAAGCCGAUGGUGCGAAUGCCGAGCGUCAGUCGGAAGCAGGGGAACGCCAACGGUGCCACGUUCGCUCCCGGCGAUGCCGCCAACAAGUCCGCCGUGCCGUACUACCCGCAGAACAACAGCAUUCCUCCGCCCCGCUUCACGGCCUCGGCGACGACCGGCAGCUUGUCGGCCGCGAAGCCACCGAUCCCGAGUCCGGCCGUCGCCAGUUCGAACGGCGGCUACCUGGAGUCGAGGAGGCGAAAAGACUCCGCGGCGAGCCUGACGACCAACCUGGCGUCCCAGGAGAGGGCCAGGGGCGACACGUGGGCGAGCAAGGAGGCUGCCGAUUCGAACACGGUGCCAGUGACGCGCAACCCGGUCAUUGCGCCCAAGGUCAUGAAGCCCAGGACGUCGAUGGGUGCGCUGCGCGCCACCUUGUAUUCCGCCAAGGAUCUGGAUAGGGAUGACGUCGUGGCCGAAGAGGAAAUGCGGAAGCUCGGUUCUCGCCGGAAGGAGACCGAGGUUGCCGCCAAGGCGCUCGAUGCUCUGCGGGAGCGAGCGACGCCCAAGGAGCGCGUCAGCCCGCACGAAGCCGUCCGCAUCGCCAUGCUGAACAUUUACGAACGAGGCGAGAUUGUCGAUUUCGGCGACGUCUACUUUUGCGGAACGCAGAACGCUCGCAAGGUCGUCGGCGACGUGCAGUCGGACGCGCCCAACUUCGGCUACGACGACGAGCGUGGCGACUACACCAUCGUUCCGGGCGACCAUCUGGCCUAUCGGUACGAGAUCGUAGACGUCCUCGGAAAGGGUAGUUUCGGACAAGUCGUUCGGUGCAUCGACCACAAGCUUGGCGUUCUCGUCGCCGUCAAGAUCAUCCGGAACAAGAAGCGAUUCCACCAGCAGGCUCUCGUCGAGGUCAACAUUCUUCAGAAGCUCCGCGAAUGGGAUCCCAAGAACAGGCACAGCAUGGUCAAUUUCACGCAGCACUUUUACUUCCGAGGGCAUCUCUGCAUCUCGACGGAGCUUCUGGACAUGAACCUCUACGAGUUCAUCAAGGCCCACGGCUUCCGGGGCUUCUCGCUGCGCAUCAUCCGGCGUUUCACGAAGCAGAUGCUGAGCUCGCUGAUGCUGCUGAAGCAGCGCAGGGUCAUCCACUGCGACCUGAAGCCCGAGAACAUCCUCCUCAGGCACCCGCUUCACUCGGAGAUCAAGGUCAUCGACUUUGGCUCGAGCUGCUUCGAGCAGGAAAAGGUGUACACGUACAUCCAAUCCCGAUUCUACCGAUCGCCCGAGGUCAUCCUCGGCAUGCAGUACGGCCUGCCCAUCGACAUGUGGAGCGUCGGCUGCAUCCUCGCCGAGCUCUACACGGGCGUGCCCAUCUUCCCGGGCGAGAAUGAGCAGGAGCAGCUCGCCUGCAUCAUGGAGGUGUUUGGGCCGCCCGAAAAGCACCUGAUCGAGAAGAGCACGCGGAAGAAGCUCUUCUUCGACUCCAUGGGCAAGCCACGCUUGACCGUCUCGUCCAAGGGGCGCAGGCGGCGUCCGUCGUCCAAGACGUUGCAGCAGGUUCUCCGGUGCGACGACGACUCGUUUGUCGACUUCCUGUCGCGCUGCAUGCGGUGGGACCCGGACCGCCGGCUGAAGCCCGAGGACGCGGUGCGUCACGAGUUCAUCACGGGCCAGAAGCCGGUCAUGGUUCCGCGACUUCCGACGCGCGAGAAUUCUCCGGUGAAGCGUGCGAACACGGUGUCGGCGCCGCGGCCACUGCCGGAUCCGCCGGCACCCAUGGGCAAAGCGUUCCUCCACCCUUCGCGGACGGGCAUGACCCCUCUCAGGGUUGUUUCCGGCGCCUCGAGACGGGCUUCGGGUGCCACGGGCGCCACGGCCUCGAGCAUGAGCAAGCGAACGAGCGCCGGCGGAUCCGGCGGCGGCGGCGGCGGCGGCUUCAGCGGUCUCCCUCGAGCGGCUGGGAGGAUUGUGAGCGGAAAGCAAGAUCUUGCCGCCGCCGCCGCGGGCGCGUCGAUGGCCAUGAACCGCCGACCGUAG